AUGGAACAACAUUUAUCAACUUGCCAGUCGACUUUGACCGCGUUCGAGCUGGAAACCUUGAGGGCGUCAAUCCUCAAUGGGGCACAGCGUCACCGAAAGUUACGCGAUGAUCAACUGUUAAAAAAAUUCUGCAAAAUAAGUCCGCCGAAACAGCCCUCCUCUGAUGGGAUGUUGGUCCACAACCUGUCCUCCCAUUGCCUCACGCAACGACAGUUAGCGGUCCUAUCCUAUGACACUAAGUUCAGCACGAAAGAUGCUCGACCAGAAGACUUCAUCGCAUCCUUCGAAUCAGUGCUCCGGAAGUGCGAGGCAGAUGAAGAACGCAAACACGCCAUGAGGCAACAGGUGUCGUCCUUACUUCUCCAGCACAAAUCCCAAAUGACGAUUUCCGAAGCAGAAGAUCGAGAACUUUCCGGUUUACGAAAAAUAAAGAAUAUUGUCACCCUGCCUGCUGACAAGGGACGCUCGACAGUCGUCAUGGAUAAGACCGAAUACUCGACUAAACUGGAGAACCUGCUGAUGGACCAAGAAUCUUACGCGCUUUCGGAUGUGAGCGAGUUCAAAAGGCUUGUAAACAACAUAAGCAAGACAGUGAGUAGGUUAAAGAAAGCGAGCGCCCUCACGAGAAAAGAGGCACUGUCCGCGAUGGCACGCUUCUACGGCCUUCCCAAGGUACACAAGCCAGGAGUGCCCCUUCGCCCAAUCGUUUCUUUACGUGGCACACCAACUUUUGGCCUAUCAAAGUGGCUGUACCAACAACUUUGUUUCCUCGUCAAAGACACAGAGUGGACAGUGAAGUCAGCUGAGGAGUUUUUGGCUCGCAUCCGACAUCGUAGAGUGGAGACAGACGAGGUGAUGGUGUCAUUUGACGUGGUCUCACUGUUCACUUAUAUCCCGCCCGACCUGGCCAUCGACACUCUCGACGGACUUCUCCGAGAAAAAUACGACGAGACUGACCAACAUCUUAAACGAGUGCACAUCAUCGAACUCCUAGAACAGUGUCUUAAGACUUUCUUCACAUUUAACGGCCAAGUGUACGUGCAAAAAAGGGAACACCAAUGGGUUCACCUCUGUCCGGACUAA